AUGAAAUUUGGAGAGGCGUUCACGGAGUACCUGCAUGGAGAACAGGACAGGUUCUUGGAAAAAUGUGGGCAUGUCGAAUAUAACACUCUCAAGAAAGUACUCAACACCUGUCGGAGCUGCAACGCUUUACGUCACUCUUGCACUUCUGAUUCUUCUGGCUGCCAAUGCCAAUCUUGCCCAUUGUGUGAUCAGAAAUUCUUUUCUGAGUUGAUGAAGGAAGCUUCACAAAUAGCUGGAUGCUUUAGCUCGAGAGUCAGGCAUCUCCUUCAUCUUCAUGUUGCCACUGGAAUGCAAAGAUAUGUAUUGAACUUGCGUCGUUGUUUCAGGAAUGAUCAGCAAGCCAUGGUACUAGAAGGAUGGAUGCUGAUUGAAUACGCUCUCAUGAAUGCGAUUGCAAUCAGAAAGAUUCUUAAGAAGUAUGACAAAAUUCAUGGAUCUGUAAACGGAAGGAAUUUCAAAUCCAAGUUGCGGGCUGAACAUGUUGAGCUUUUGCAAUCACCUUGGCUUAUAGAAUUGGGCGCCUUUUACUUGAAUUCUAAUGGAUCAGAUGAUGGAGGCUUAAAGGAGUUUUCUAGUAACUUUUCCUGUGAUUUCAAUGCGAACCCACCUGUAAUGACAUUGAUGCUUCCACAUCUGAUAAAGCUAGAAUUUGAUCUGACUUGUGCUAUUUGCUUGGAUAUUGUUUUUAAUCCGUAUGCUUUGAGUUGUGGUCAUCUUUUCUGUAAGUCCUGUGCUUGUUCAUCUGCUUCUGUGUUUCUCUUUGAUGGCCUUAGAGCAGCAAGUCCAAAGUCGAAGUGUCCAAUAUGCAGAGAGGUUGGAGUAUAUGCAAAAGCAGUGCACAUGUUAGAACUGGAUAUGCUCUUAAAAAGAAGGUAA